AUGAAAGCACUUAGGGUAGAGCUGUACAACUUACCAACGGUUGUUGAUGGAGUCUGUUUCCCCGGUAUUACUCCAACGACUGCUACAGGCUCAACCCAAUUGUCAGCGAGCGCAGAUAGUCCGGUUGUCCCAGCCUACUCUGAGGAAUUAAAUCUCAUUUAUCCAGCGAAUGUACUCAACUCCGCCAACGCAAUUUCGUCCUACUACUUUGAGUCGCAAGCACGAAGCGCAACAGCGUACUGCUCGGUAGCAUAUCGUAACGUAACGGCAUGUCAGCUACUCGCCAACUUGUGCACGCUUCAGCUGCAAAGACGAUACAGAAUCACAGUGCCUUCCAGCAGCACUUGUGCAGAGUUCAUUCGGCUAACAAACGUGAGAACACACAAGCGUCCCGGGUUUUUAAACUGGGUCACGGAUAUGCCAUGGCUGUACUACAACCCGACUAAAGCCUCGACUGCGCUGACAGAGACAACCAUCUCCCUGCAAUACCGCCCCGGCUCAAAUCUUGAUGUGCGCCUGGCAACAUUCUCCUUGGAGGGUCGCUUUUUGGGGUUUGAAAACGCGGCAGAAAAUGGUAGUCUUCAGCUAUGUAAAGAAACUCUGGAAAAGAUGCGCGCUGCCUUCCAGUUCGGAACUUUCUACAAAACCGAGUGUGAAAUCAAGGCCGAUGACCUCUUCAACACAGAAAAAUAUCCACUGAUCUUCUAUGAUCCUUAUCUGUACUUUUACGACAACAGAACGCAUUCGCCACAAAUGAUGCCAAUCCCCAUAUUGAACAGAGCACUUAUAAAUAGUGCGGGGGAGCUGGUGAACAUGCGCACCGUGGACAACGCGCCUUGGUUACGUGGCUCCGCCUCAGCCGUCUCAAUCGAAGCUAGUAUACAGGAAAAGUGGGAGCUAACUCGACGUCUGUUCUUGGUGGACAAUGUGGUAGGCCGGACCGGUGUGGAUGUUAUCCCAACUACACUGGUCCGAUAUGCUUCGAACAUCGAACUGAUAGUCACAACACGGGGGAUCGGAUCCGAUGGACACAUCUAUCCGCCUAUGCUGGCUGUGGAUUACGCUAACCUGUACGCAUCUGAAGCAUAUGGCAAAAAUCGGAAAGUGCGGGUAACCUUCUCGGUGAAGUACGUUCAGCCGAUGGCGAACGAAAUCGAAUUCGGCCAAAACUUGCGCAUUGCACUGGGCGUCAUUUCAGCAGUAGCGACCUGCUACGCAAUGGUUCGCACAUGGUUAUGGUCCAGGAGGGCUGGUUUACUCCGCUUGGAUGGAAUGUUGAUUUUCAAAUUGCUUCUGUUUGCCGCUGGAAGUAUUGCAAAUGGAUUUCUGACCGUAAUCUACGGUGUGGCAAUCUACUAUAUCAUCUUCUAUAAGAUGCAAAAUGUGUUCGUCGUCACUUUACCGAACAGUGAUCAAUUUCUGGUGGCAUACAUUGCUUCUGCUUUCGCGCUCAAGACUGUUGACUUGGUGCAUUUGCUUGCUGUGCAAACUACGGCGGAUGUGUUCUUCAUCGACUGGGAGCGUCCUCAACUUCCAAUCGCGGGACAGCCUCGUCCUGUUAAGAAGGCGGAUGGAAAAACCACUUUAGGUCAGGACGACGGUAUCAUACAAUGGUUCCUGCGCAUUAUUCUGUGGGAGAAGUGCUUCUCCGACAAGCUACGAAGUUUUGCUGACCUAUGCAGUGUAGCAAAUGUAUCAGUUUUCAUAAUGUCUCAAGCCAAUUUCGGGUACUACAUCCAUGGACAUUCCCCGACCGGCAAGUCGGAUGUCGAUUUGGGCGGAAUAGAAAUCAUGUUGGCAACCGAGAUCGGAGGGGCAACACCAAGGCGAGGGAUAACUGCCGACUCCGAUGAGCAUACCUACCGAAUGGCUUUGCCUGCAGGGGUUCGGGAGGCGCUGGAUCGGUUAUAUGCCCCACUUCUUGACAUCGCGAACAGAGGAGCAUCAAAAACCAUAGGUGCACCCACGAGAAAAACAAACGCGAAUGUCUAUCAAGCGCUGAACCGGUUUCUCGUGCGAUUUAUUUCCAGAGUAAGUGACAGAAUCACUUCAUUCUGCGCAGUAAUUUUCAACACGGCGAUGGUCGAAAGCCGCUUAUGUUGA